GGCCACGCCUGAUCUUCGCCAAACAUCGAAGAAUGACUUUGACACUCCCUUCGUCUUGUUGCCCCUUAAAAAUGCCGGAUUUGCACAUUUCCUGGUUGAUUUAUGGUCACAAUUAACAAUAACUUGUCCUAGUGCUGGCGAAUCCUAUACGCGACCUCCGCUACUGUGCACAUCGCUCAUCAAAAAGAAUACCAUCAACUCCGUAUAGCCCUCUUACUAACUAAUUAUUCCGCUCUCCUUAUCCUUCCUCCACUUUUCGUGAUGACGUUACGGCUCGAUAGGCAGAUUGGGAAUCCAACCCAUUCCGUGAAAGCUGGGUCACCACCAAAACCAACGUUUUCUUCUCGUAACGGACAUCUGAAUCUUGAUACCUUUUCUCCAGUCAAUGAAAAUGGGAGUUUUGCUUUUGAUCAAGUGUUAAAGAGGGGGAAAGUAAUGAGACGAUCAACCCAUAAUCAUGCGUUCAAAUCUUCGUGGAAACCCGGAUAUCUGGUGCUACGACCCAACCUCCUGUCAUUAUAUAAGGAUGUAGAGGAAGCAGAGCUUCAAUUGUCAAUCGACCUAUCUGAUGUCACAGCUGUUGCUUUGGUGAAGGCCGCCAAAUCCAAACGCCAACAUGUCUUCGGAAUAUUCUCCCCUUCGAAAAAUUAUCGCUUCCAGGCCGUAUCAGAAGUUGACGCGGAGAGCUGGGUUGAUCGCAUACGCAACGAGAGCUGCUCGGAUGACGCAGACUCACUUGGAGGAUAUGACAUUACGGAGAAUAAGAAAGCGAGAGAAGCUGUUGAGAGCAUGAGCGAGACCGAUUGUGACGGCCAUAAAACGACUCAACAUCGUGCCCCAUCCAUCCGGUCCGGCAACCAGCAGGCACAACAGCUUUCGCAAGACUACUCCGGGAAUGAAAUAGCAUCCUGUUCUGAUUUCUCUGAUGCCAUUGGCAGCAUCACACCACGCCGUUCCACAGUGUCUUUACCACCCCAUGAUCGAAAUUCUCUCUCAUCCUCUGCGCCCCCGGAUCACCACCCAUCCCUGCCACGGAACACAAGCCAAUUUAUCGAUGGCGCUCUCGGGAACCUUGAUCCAGAACGAGUCAUCUGCCACGGCUACCUCCUCUGCCUAAAAAGCAAGAAAGGAGUCCGGCAGUGGAAGAAGCUUUGGGUGGUCCUUCGACCGCAGAAUAUUUGUUUUUAUAAAGAUGAGCAAGAAUACGCCGCCGUCAAAAUCAUUUCAAUGCUGCAAGUUAUCAACGCUGCGGAAAUCGACCCAAUUUCCCGAUCGAAGAAGUUUUGCCUCCAGAUAAUCGCGGAGGACAAGACAUAUCGAUUCUGCGCGCUGGACGAGGAAGCCCUUGCGAAAUGGCUGGGUGCACUCAAGAGCCUGCUGGUUAAACGCCACGGCAGCACGUCGAGGCACACAGCUGGACCUGCGAUCGCUGGACCUUCCUGAAGCCUAUCGCUGAAAUAUUGAAAACUCUUGAUGGUGUCCGCACUCGCGCCUUCUCCGGGUGAAGAAUACCCUGCAACCAUAAAUAUCUCCUUUGUCCGUCAUCAUUUUGCCGCAUUUUCGUUGUUUGCUCAUUGGCUUAGUGCUAGAGACUGGUGUCUCUGUGCGCAAAUCCGCAUGCUCACACGCUAUUAUUUCUUCUCUGUUUUUACUCCUUCUCUUCCUCUUCCUCCUCCUGUGCAUUUUCCUCUUGGCGCAUUGGCGAAAGAUGACCGUUUGUAUCGUUGCUCCAUCAGGUCAUUGCCGUUGGAUGCUAGCAUGUAACCUCUUUUAAACUCACCAACCACCUUUAUAUACUUUUAUAUUUAGCCUUUAUGUGUAUUUUUCCCCCCUCCUUUUCCCUUUUCUUUAUUCUUAUACUUGACUGCCGGCACUGUAGGCGUUGUUUUUUCCCUAGCGGACAUUGAUACCCUUCUUCUUCUUCUUCUUCUUCUUCUUCUUCUUUUGGCCCUUUUUACUCUGUUUCGUUAUCCACCCUGGCAAGCUCCACACAUGAUGUCGCAUAUUCUACGCACCCUUUGGUUGUUUGCUAGGGCGUUGGUGUUAAGCUUCUAGUAUUGUUUCUGCUUGAAUUGGACUGCAGAGGUCCCGCGAAUUUGUUUUCUCCAAAUUAAUUUGAGAAGAAGCUUUUGGUGAAGAAUCCACUGCUUUCGAAUUUUAG